AUGGGCCCGAUGGACGGGUAUUUUCCCUUGCAACCCGACGGACGUGACAUGCGGCCCGCAGACAAGAUGGCACCGGAGGAGGAAAGCGCGGGUGGAUCCCAGGUGGAGGGAGACCCGGCAGGGGAACUGACGCUGAUACGAGCUGAGCUAACUCAAAUCUCGUCCAGGAUGCUCACCAAAGCGGACACUAACCAAAUGGUGCAGGAACUCAGGGGGGCACUAUGGGAAGAACUGGCAGGCCUGCGCACUGACCUGACCGCGCUGGAGGGCAGGGUGGAGGAAGUAGAGGCCACGGCCCAAGAUUGUGCCCAGCAACACCAGGCUACAGAAAUGGCGGUCACCAGGCAGGGCAACCUAUUGCUCACCAAACGAAGGCAAGUAGAAGACCUAGAGAAUAGAAGCAGACGCAGCAACAUACUGGUGCGCGGUCUGCCUGAAACUGACGCUGCCCCGCUCACCAGCACGUUGGAAGCGCUGUUCCAGCACAUCCUAGGAGCCGAAGCACCAGAUGCCAUUCGCUUUUAG